AAUAACAUUGAUAUAUUCAGACAUGUUCCAACGCCAUCUAUUAAAAAUCGGCACGAACUUUCCGGACAACCCAAUACAUCGGGGCUUCCUUUUUUAAACCGUUCAUUAUAAUUCAAUAUGAGAUUACAGAAUGCAACGUGCGAUCUUUAUUUAAUGAUAAACAGUUAAUAACGUUUGUUAAUUCUGUUAAUAACGUAUGCUUAACCCAUGUGCGUUCAAAUUUGCCUCUGAAGGUUUCUCGAUACCAUUUCAUAACAUUGAGGAUGAGCAUAGCUUAUGGUAGAUGAACGGAACAAGGUGAUGAAUUAUGUCUUAGAAGGGUGAAUGAACAGAAGCUGAUGGUACGCCGCCGAUGUUGCUUCGUAAAUGUUUAACUCGAUACUUCAUUAACGAGGUAUCUAAUAUUGAACAUUAAGGUUAGCAAAUAGGGUUGACAAAGGGUUACCAAAUGGGAGUCUCGCACUAAAGUUACCCCCUAAAGUACAGUUAACUUGAAUUUUCCCCAUUAAUGGGAUGUUGCUCGUGUACGUUUUGCUUCUCAUUUGACUGCUAGUCUACCGUGCAACUUGACUAAUCACACUAAACUGUUCUUCGAAAUGUGGAUAAUUGAAUGUACCUGGAAUCAAAGCGCUCUCACAGAAAACUUGAGAUGGGAAUUAUUUGUCCCAAUGCUUCGAUCCACCAUUAACGUUUAACAUUUCCGAUUCAACUCGGAUUUUAGCUAGGACGGAGUUCAGGUGCAGUUAAUAGCGAAUCGAGAUUGGAUAAUUUCACACUGUUGGCACCUCGCGACAUGAAACUGCUGUCGUUUCUCGUGAUUGGGCUGUUUUCGUUCGACAAAUCUAAAACGUUUCGUAGCUACGUAUUAUUCAUUGCUCGAUGCGCAAGUGCCAAACGAGAUUUUCGAUGUUCGUACACGUCCGUAAUAAUCCGUUGAUGAGUGUAAAGGUUGCGGAACGCGAACAAUGAAAUCGCCGUGGAUUGCUCGAACAAGCAGCUCCCGCAGCGUAAGUCCGGUAAUAUUUGGUGAUAAAGCGAUGGAGGUGAAAUGAAGUGAACUAUCUAAGGUAUUCACAAUACGUUCCGCGCGCACGUACAGCCGCAAUAAAUUAUGAUCUCGCAGAGCGUACGCUCUCAGUAGCUCUCGGUUGCUCUCCGCAGACCGCGCUUUGCAUUUGCGUCGGUUUUACGCGUGCAUUCACUACGCGUUAUCGCAUAAUCAUAGAAUUCCUUUGGACUCUUUUAUCGUGGCAUUUAAAUCGCGCCUUGUAAGGGCCCGACUUUUGAUUACUUCUCGCAUCGGUAAAUUUUUAUUAUCUGCCUCACGCUAUGCAAAUGAUCGUGCUAAAUGGUUGAUUAAUAAGAAUGAUGUUAUUUGCGUUAUUUGUUAUGUCAUGUGUAAUUUAUAAAGUACAUUAAUGGGGAUUUGGAUGGCGAAUGCGAUAGCAAAUUAUGUGAAACAAUUGACAAAAUAUCACGAGAUAAUAACAAUACACUUGCGUUUAUAGGUUUAUGCGCUAUUUAGCGCACAAUUCAAUAUUUACAUGCUUUGCCCGACGAAUGUACGACAAACAUUAGUUUUUCCUAUGUGCUAUUACGAUUACGUUUUAUUUGCGCCAACGUAUUUUCGCAAAUUGCUGCAAAUCUAGUUAAACCAACACACACUUCACAGUGACGCAAAAAACAGAGGAAAAAAAACGAAAAAUCUAGUUAACAUAUCCAGUCGCGUUGCGUUCCAUCGUUAAAUUCACCCGACGGGCCGCGACGAGACUGUUAUCCGUUUGUUUGCUUUCUAUUUACGGGCAUCGCUUCGCGAAAUUAAGAGAAAUCGUUUGGCUAAGGGCGUGCGUGUUCAGAGUGUUUCGUAGUUUCCUGUAGUUGGAAAAUGUCAGUUCCACUUUCCGUUUUCUGGUUCGUAACGUAUUUGUUCCUAGUGAAACAAAUAUAAUCUCUUUCGAAGUUGGACUUCAACAUAGUAAAUAAUAAAUCAUAAGUUUUCAGCUUCAUACUUUUAUCCGGCUAUCUUGAAUCCUUCACAACACUUAAGAAAGAUCUGAAGAAGAAGGAUGAAAGAAAUUCUAAAAUUGUAAGAUAUUUGACAGUGCAAACUUUGUCGUUUUUAAUAAUUGAAGAAAUUACGCCAUAUAAAAUUCAAAGAAAAUUAGGAUUAUAAAAAAAUAUCAACUGAUACUAAAACAAAAAGACAAGAACAAACUCAGUUUGUACAGCAGUUUAAAAAAUAUACGAUUGAAAAAAUAACUUAUAUGUUACGAUGUUAUAACAGUAUAUCCUUUUCUUUUUUUUUAUCUUCUAUAAUCUCUCUCUUCUUUACAAUAUUUUCUCUUUUGGCUCGUGCUUUCUUUUUUUGAAUAUACAGCGUACCUCGCAUCACGUUAAGUCACCGGAAACGAAAAAUGUACUUGUUUUUCUCUCGAUGCGCAUCGCUGGCAAGGAGUAAAUUUGCGUGGAGGGGAAAGAAAGAAUGCACGCGUGGCGUCCCGUGGACCGCAAACUUUUGUGGCUCGUCUUGCACGGCCGGCGCCGAAAACAAAAUCCAGUAGAAGUUAAAAGUUCCUCGCGACGAAAUCUUCGGUCGAAUUGUUACGUCUGUUGAUGUAGCCGGGUAGAUGCAGUCGGGACAAACGCGGGAUCUUCAUUCGGGUCUUCGAACUUUAUAGAGAUGUACGAGCAUUUGUGCUUUCGAUUUGUGAAGCGACUGGGAACUGAAGAAAAAAUAGCAAUAUACUUUUUCAAGUUAUGACGAUAAAUAUAGCUGUAAAGUUGCAUUAAUAGUGAGAAUUUUUAUAAAAGUAGUUCAUUAAUAUAUAGUGUUAAAACAGUUACAGUAUUUUCAAUUAGAAAAUGUGAUUCUUUUGUAAUAAUAACAUUUAGAAUAUUUAAAAAAUCUUAAAAUAAAGUGAUAUCAGAUUACGUCUGUGUAAUAAUAUCACAACUGCUCCAGUUUUUGCUCCAGUUUUAUGGGUAAAAUUAGAAUAGCUAUAUACUUUGAUGACCGAACCCGGAUAUAUAAUAUAUAGCUAAAAUUAUAAAAUGGAUAUCGGCAUUAUCGAUCUUACAAAAUUUUUUAAUGGCUUGAUUCUAAACUUCACGCUCAAAUGUUUAAUGUUUGCAAUAUUUAGAUUGCUAUGUCAUAACAGUAGAGCAUAAUACCAAAUUAAUUAUGAAUAUUACCAUGAUAUUUAUGAUAUGAUUUUUAAAGGUUCAAAAACUUGUAUUUUAUCCAUUUCUACAUUUUCAACAAUAUCAUAUAUUAUGUCUGGUAUCUGUUUUUGUUAGACUCAUCUAUUGUUUAAUCUUUGGUCACUAAAAUGGCUUACUAGAUGGAAGUGUCUUUGCUUUAAUAUCGUCGCAUCCAUCUUCCAGGAUCGAUGAAGAAACAGCCACUGCCGGCUUAAUGGACGUAUGUCCAUUACUUGCAUUGCGUACCGUUGUACGGUAUUAUAUCGGAGUAGAAAAUGUUUCGAAAACCUGUUCAUACAUUAAAUGAUACAUAUCAGAGUUUAUACAAAAUAAAUCGAAAUAUCUAUGAUUAAAUACUGAUGCGCUAGUGAUCGAUCACUCACACAUAAUUGCGUAUCGUAUUGCGAACAGGUUUUUCUCACGAAACGUCCAAAGUUGAUCAGAAUUGAUACUGAUUUCAUGCCUAUUCUUCAUUAAAUGAGUAUAAAUUAAUCUUUAUAACACUUCCAUAAAUAAUUCCAUUUGCAUUUUGUCGAAGCUUAAUUUAUUAAACAUCGAUCGAAUUGAAGUACCGCGUUUAUGCCGGACGUGAGAAGUAAUUAAUAGCCAUAUUAUUAUCAUAUUAUAAUAAUUAAAUUAUGUAACAAAACUGAAGGUGAGUUAUAUUAUCAAAAUCCAAUUAAUGAUUAUGACGUUGCUUCCGAAAUUUUAUUAUCGAUAAAACUUUUGUGUGUUCUUUAAUUAAAAAUUAUAUAUUAAUAAAGUGUCAUUAAAGUAUGCAUCAGUUUCGUGCAUUUUCUUCUUGAUUCAUCAAGAAAAUCCAUGCUUCAUAUUAAAUAACUACCUUAAACUGUGUUUAUAAAAAAAUAGUAUUGUAAAAUAUUUAAUAUCAAAUAUUCUUUUUCUCUUUUUCGUAAGAUGGAAAAUAAUUUCCGACAAGACAAAAUUAAGAGGAAGUAAAGUCUAGAUUGCCCUCGAAGGGUGCCUGUUGGAAAAAGUUAAGUACAAACGGCAGGUUCUUUUUCUCCAUGAAUGAUAGACCGUGAAUCUUAAUGCGAUGCAAAUCCAGGCGUUUCGCGAGAAAAAGUUUCGAUGCAGUGGCGCCAUAAAUCAGGAACCCGCCUGAGAUUCAAUUUAGUGACGUCGGCGUACAGCACAGUUUCUGCAGUUAAUUAAUCUUCAUAAUCUUAUGACGGGACCACGAUCUCAAGACAUUCUUCCACAGAUCUCAAUCUCGAAUGGGCAAAAUAUGCGCUAUUCAAUUUCUCUAAGGAGAGUACUUGACCUCAAUUUCGUCAUGUCGAAUAAUCGGAUGUGAAUAGUCGAAAUGAUUAAAGUGACUGAAUUUCGAAUUUGCAUUAAUAUAUGAGCGAUGUUAAAAGAGGCUAUACGCUAUUACAAUUUUUUUAAUAUGCUAUGAUAGAGAAAUUAUUAUUUCAGCAGGACGUGCUUAACGUUUUUAAUGUACUUUUUCAAAAUAGAGUAAAAUUUAUAAAAUUAUAUAAUUUAUUAUCAAAUUUAGAUUACGUACUUUGUUUCUAAUUUUACAUUAUUUUUGAUUAAUUGGCAGAUGUUCAAUGUAUUCAAUAUAUUAAUUAAAGUACGUUCAAUAUUCUCAAGUACAGAUUAUACAAUAUUAUGAUAUUUUAAUAUUGAUGAAAAAAGAAAGCUAUUUCAUGAAAUUUCCUCUCUUAGAGCUUAUUGUUCGCAGUUUUGUAACUCGUUUUAUAAGAGCAAUACCCUUUUAUCUUUUGAAAAUCUAUGUCACAGUUGAAUUCAUUAAUGAAUUUUGAAUUUUUCGUUUGAAUCAGUAAUAUGUUUUAUAAAACAUGAAAGGUGUCUCAAAAAUUCAGUCAUAAACUUUUUCAUGUCUUUGUAAUUUUUUUAUAAAAGAGGGAAUUUUAUUAAAUGUAAUUACAAGUUUUGAUAAUUGCGAUAUACUUCGAUAUAUAUUUUAAAGCUGUAUUUUGUCUUGCGAAGCAAUUUUGUUUCGAGAAAUUCAAUAAAAGUUGCUGACAGAAAACUACAGAAGCUGACUUUUACAAAAGGCGAAAUUGAAGUGCAUUUCAACAAAUUUGGGAUUGAAAUGCAUUUUCACUAGGUUAACAACAAGAAUGUAGCUUUGACUUCAAACGGAUGGGAGCCUCGUUUCCACGUUUGAGCUAAUAUUUUAUUGCGUCGCGUUAUUUUAUUUUCGGUUCGCACGCGGCUACUUUCGAUGUAGAUGCAUUCUACACAUGACCGACUGCGUCCCAAAGGUUUACAAGAAUUAAUUUCGGGAUCCAUGGAGGAUGAGACUCAGUAGGUUAAUACGUAGGUUUUCAUCGUUAAUAUCCAUCUCUACUGAAUAAAAUAAUACAUUUUUUAUCGCGGUUACUUGAAAAAAAUUUACGAUGGUGUAGUCAAACUAUAAAUGAAACAAAGAGAGAGACAAAGAUAGAAAGAGAAGUUAUCGUCUUUCGAUUAUGUGCUAUUUUCGUUUUUCCGCGUGAGUCGCUGAGAAAACAGAAAACAGGAAAAUGACGGCGGAAGGCGAGCCAAAUUACCAUCGCGUGUUCGAAGUGUCAGCACCAUCCGUUAGGUUAAGUUUUACCUCUGGUCGGCCCUUCAUUUGCAUUCGGUGGUGUCGCGUUGCAUAAAAAAUAAACUCAACGGAAAUUACGGGAUCGGGAGAACUUCGGAAGACUCGGCAUCGUGUGCGCGACUCCCGUUCACGGGGAAAUUGUUGGUUGUGUAUCGCGGCGGAAACUUUUGCCAUGUCGGGAACGCAAGUAGGUAGGUUCCGCGUGUUGCGACGUCGCUACGGCUUGCAUUCCUCAUCCGGGAUAUUGCCGCAGCCGGCGGAACUUCGUUUAAAGUUCGGUUCCAUUGUCACGGAAAAACUUGAGAGCGCCUCCGUAUCAAAGAGCGUGAGAGAGUGCGCCUCGUUAGAGGGUAUGAUAUAAAUUUUCACUCGCUCGACAUCUCGAAAGAGAAGUCUUCGAGCUCUCGUGGAUUAAACGUAUCUCACAAGUGAGAAUCCGACUCAAGUUCUUACUGUGCAUUUGAAGGUUCGGCUUGUGAUAGCUUUUGAAUUCGCUAGUUGGAGAUGACUCUCUGGCGAACAUAAUAAAUAAAACAUAUAAAAGUUAAUUUUGAAUGCGGUUGAUUUAAAUGAAAAAUCGGCAAAUUAAACAUUAAAUUACAAUUAAUUUAUGAAAGUUAACCUUUUGAUGGACUACUCAAGUUUAGCUUGUUAAUUGUGAAUUCAUAAUAACCUCACAGUGAGAAUGAUAAAUUAAUUGCAUCUGCAACGCUGAAUGAAGAUUGUAUGCACAUAAAAUGAGUUUUUUAUUUCCCAUUAAGAUGAAGUGAAACUCUUGAUUCAGUAUAAAAAUUAAUAAUAUUUAAGUAACUAAUGAGUUGUGCUAUAUUACUAGAUAACUAGAUAAAUGGAUGGGUUCGAUAUAAUGGAAAAUAAAGUUUUUAUUCAAUAAAAUAUCCGAUCAUCUCUUGCUAAUAUAAUCCUUGAAGUUUUGAAGCCAAUGCAUCGACAUGUUCGCCAGAGCGCUAACUUCGGCAUUCAAUAAGCUGCCGACAGAUUUCAUGUCGAAACUUCAAAUAAAUUCGAUUUAAAUCCGAAUAGUGAAUAAAUGAAUGCGGAAACUCCUCUCGUGGUCGUUCAUGCAUAUGCACUGCGUUAUGUACAACUUUCCCUUCAACUUGCUUAAGUAAUGCAUACAAAAUAGCAAUGAUUUCGUUUUAGAUUUCGGAAAAUGUAAAAGAGAUAAACAUCAGAGAAGGACAGCAAAGUAAACUAAGAAAGGAACAUUCAGAAUAGAGAUAUAUAAACUCUGAAGAAAAAAUAUUAAUUUUCACCACAUCAUGCGAAGGUAGUUCAAUGCAGGAUAUACUGGCUUAUUCUUUGUGAAAGAUAUAAUCUGAAUAACACUCUCAUACAUACAGGACGGAACGUAUUUUUUCCGAUUUUCCAUUAAAAGGAUAUUUUUCUCCUCAAAAGUUUUUUCUAUUAGCUGUGUAUAUAUGUGAAAAAUAUGAACAUCACAUAUGGAAAGCAAACAAAUUGUUCUGAAUCAAGAAAUUGAAAAAGGCGUAAAUUUCUACCCGAAAAGCACAAUUGAAAUCAAAUUUUCACGAGAUAUAAACCAGUAUUGUUAAACAUUGGACCAUUCGCAUUAAACGAAACGGUGGCCACAUCGAAGGUUUUAUUGCAAUUUUUAUCUGCCAAGUAAAUAAAAUUUUGAUUUUUUUUGAAAACGCUGCGAAGUCUUGUCGUCGUUUAUUCCCGCUCUAUUACGCGUUUUACUGUGCUUGGACAAAAUCAAGCUUCUGUCGCGCGAAAUUUGCGGCGGCAGAUAAUAAUUGGAUAGAAGCUUCAUGAGAGAGUUUGUGGAUUGGCAACCGCUGGCGCGAACUCUGUUAUCAGAUUUCCGAUCGGUACGUAUAGAAAAUAGAUGCUCGAAGCCGGCCGGCGCGGUGCGCAGCGAAUGGGGUGUAAAUAAGCGCGAGUACGUGGUGGAUCAUGCAUAUGCACCACGCGGUGUGUCCUUCUCACUGGCUGGCUCCACAGUUAACUUGGAUCACGAGCGCAGCAUGCCGAUGCCGCCGUCGGCCACGACUCCCGAGGGCUCGUCCUGCAAUUUAAAUGGCCGCGACACGCAGCAAGUGUCUCCGGGGGUCAUCGGACAACAGCAUCGGCUUACCCGUAGCUUGAUCUCGGUCGGGUCCAACGUCUGCCGAAUAUGUCACACGAACACGGCGAAGGAACCGCUCAUUUCACCCUGUAGGUGCAAGGGCACACUAGCUUACGUGCACUUGUCCUGCCUGGAACGAUGGCUGAAUCAGUCGUGCCGAACCUACUGCGAAUUGUGCCGUUACUGCUUCAAUGCCGUAGAGACGCCUCGUUAUCGAUGGUGAGCAUUAUAUUUAUCGGAGUAACACGAGGGAGGACGGACGCGAAGCUUCAAGGCGGAUGUAAUUCAAGCACCUGAAAUGCACUUCGAUCUCUUGCACACCCCGGCGCGUUUCCUAUUUCGUUUCUCACUACCACACCCAUUAUUCUCUCCUUCGUGAUGAAUCGUUCAUAUUUUUUUUCUACUUCUUUCUUUCGCGCAAUUUGUUUCCUUGUUGUGAACCGAUCAGCUUGCAGUCGGAGAGUUAACUCAAACUUCAAACGUGACUUAUCACGUAAAUCGCUCGGAGAAUCGUGACAUAGCGCGGUAUUUCGCGUGGAUUCUGAUUUAUGAGUUAUGUACAACAUAUUAUUUUAUAUUUGCAAUUUAAUUGUUGAGAUAACAAGUAACGUAGUAACGAUAUACAUCUUUAUGUCCAAUUCUUUAAAACAAAUCAGAUUUGAACAUCAUGCAGUUAUGCAAUUUGUCCCACAAAUGUUUUGUUCGCGUUUGUAAGCGCGUGCUCUCCAAGGAUGAGUUUUUUGAGCUUUUAUCUUAAUGGCCGUAUGCGGCCGCGCGCGUAGUUAUCAUUUUUAUGGCUACCUGCAGGCCAGAAUCUCUAAGGAUAUGGAUCAGCCAUCCGCGGAAUCGUACGAAUAUACAAUCAGACCUGCUCAUCUUAACGUUACUCACGAUCGUUACGGCGGGAUUAGUCGCGGUGUGUCAUUUGGGUGAGUUAACUUUUUAUAUAACUGACAUACUUGCAUGGCCAAACGAGUAAACACUGUUACAUGGCGAAGCGAAUAAACUACUGACUGCUAGGAAACGUCGGGAAACUUUUCCGUCAGAUAUUUUCCGCAAUAUUGGUAGUACGUCGUGAAUAUCUCUCAAACUCAAACUCAAGCUCGUCCGCGAUGCAUCUCGUAAGAAAUUUGACGGGUCUAAAGUUCGGGAAAUUUUGUAGAAUAUAGUUACUAGUUCGUAAUCCACUGAAUUAUUCUUCUAGAAGAUAUAUUUCGCAAGAAAGAUACUGUAUAUUCCAUAUUAUUAAAUGCAGAAUUCUUUUUAAAUUUAUAUUGAACGUUUUAUUAAAUAUAUUGAAGCUUUGAGAUAUUAAGAUUGGAUUCCAAAGAUAUUCUCACUGUUUCUUAGUUACACAUUUUCAUAUUUUAUUUAAUUAUUUAUUCUUUAUAUCAAAAGAAUAGACCACAGUUUUGCGUACAUUCCAAUAUUAAAAAAGUUUGAUGAAAAACAAAUAAAAAUAUUACAUUGUUAUGAGGUAGUGUCAGGUGUUUUCGCGAAAGAGAAUUUAUUAGAUCACAGAUUGACGAAGUCUCAGACAGUCUCGGUCUCAUCCAAUAAACGUACUUACUUUUGCGAAACCGCCAUUGUACCGAACUAAGUACUUGUUAUUCGCCGUAACUUUACAGGUAUGCGGUACUUUAUCAUCGAGGGGAAAAAGAUCGGAAUUUCUAAACUUUGGACUCGGGGAGCAAUAUGGUUCUUCCUCACCGCUGUGAUACUAGGCUAUAUUACCACGGUUUACUUGCUCGGCAGAGUAAUUAUACUUCCGAUUUAUUUGUCAUCGAGAGAGAAAGAGAGAGAAAGAGAAUGUCCAUUUACUAUCGUACUAUGUCGGAUAUCUCUUAAUAGAAACAUAUGGAAUCCAACUUUCAAGAAUUAUUUUGCGUUAAAACAGUAUGUUUAAUAUCAUUGUUGACUUCGUUAAACAGAAUAAUAGCGCGCGGAAUCAAUAUUUUUAUUAUAUUGGGUUGGCCAAAAAGUAAUUGCGUUUUUUUCCAAUAGAUGGA